AUUAUAUUUCAUUCCAUCUUUCAAUUCUCUGUUUUUCUUUCUUUUUUUUUUUUAACGGCAAAUUUCUUUUAUUCUUUGCUGUUCGUGGGACUUGAACCCAAGGUGUUCAAUUCUCUGUUUUAGUUAAAGAGAUUACAGACACCUUGAUUUUCAUUUAAUUAUUAUUAUUUGAUCCACAAAUAUGGAUGCAUUCUUGCAGCAGUUUCAAAAUCUUAAAAUCCAACUGGAAGAGAUAAUAUUAGCCACCAACAACUUUGACAAUCAGAAUAACUGUAUUGGACGUGGUGGUUUUGGGAAAGUUUAUAAAGGAGAAGUGUCUCACUCUAAGGGCCAAAGCAUGGUGGCUAUUAAGCGUUUAGAUUGUAGGCAUGGACAAGGAGCACCUGAGUUCUUGAAAGAGAUCACGACACUUUCCCGUUACUGCCAUGAAAAUCUUAUCUCUCUUCUAGGAUUUUGUCACCAAGAGGAUGAGAUGAUCCUGGUAUACGAGUAUGCAUCUCGUGGAAGCCUUGACCGCUAUUUAAAUUCCCCUCUUCUCACAUGGACACAACGUCUCAAGAUAUGUCUUGAUGUUGCGAAGGGAUUAAGCUACCUUCAUGAUCCAAGAGAGACACACCAAAGACUUAUCCACUGUGAUGUAAAAAGUUCUAACAUCCUUCUCGAUGAGCAAUGGAAUGCUAAAGUUUCAGAUUUCGGUCUAUCAGUAAUGGGCCCCGCUAAUGAGCAAUAUUCAGUUAUUGUCAUCCUUGCAGCAGGUACCCCUGGGUACUGUGAUCCACAGUAUGCAAUGACACACACCCUAACAAAAGAGUCGGACGUCUACUCUCUCGGUGUGGUCUUAUUCGAAGUUUUAUGUGGGCGAUUAUGUUGUACAUAUAGCAAUGGCUGUGUUCAACAGAUUUUAGUGCCCACGUGGAUUGAAAGCUAUGAAGAGAAGAAGUUAUAUGAUAUCAUCUUCAAAGAUCCGACCAUUCAACCAUUGGAGCAGAGUGCUUUAAAAACAUUUUCAAACAUUGCGUAUCGCUGUUUAAAGGAAUCUCGUGAAGAUCGGCCAAAGAUGGCUGAAGUUGUGACAGAACUUGAGACUGCACUCGACAAUGAAGAAUUUAGCAACUGGAUCAACCCGCUUAUCGACUACGAUGAGAUGAGUAAGAAUGCAGAAACUCCUCUGAACUGCAGUUCCAAAGAUGAAGUGAGGAAAUUUCUGUCCAAAGGGGUCCUCCUUAAAGGCGGCAAAACGUGGAUUUCAUUAAAUAAGAAAGGAGAGCGUUGUGGAAUGGUAUCUUUUGCAGAAUGUUUGGAUUCAGAUCCAAAUGAAUUUAAGAGUGUAUUUGAUUCAAGAUUUGCUGUGAGCCCCUACCAUUAUAAGAAUGGGAGAGUCAAAAUACGUGUAAAACCCCAAUUCCUGUCACCAAGAAUCACAUAUGCUGUGAACCUUGUGUUCAAGUUUACGCAUCCAAGGAAGGAGAGAACAUGUCAUGAUCGUAUAGCCCUCAAAUACAAAUUACAAGGGGAGCCAGAAAGUUCAAUUUCAUACCUUGCGUAUGAGAGAGAGGAUGGAUGGUGGAUGUGUGAAUUGUAUCAGUUUACUAGUGAACACAGAACUGUUGAUCCUGAAAUUCUGUUUAACUCUCAUACUUCCAUAGAAGCAGAAGGCAUCGAGUUUUGGCCCUUGGAAAAAGUGGAACAUAAAGAUGAGAAGCAACCCAUAUCAGAUUCAGAUGCAAAUUGGGAAGAAAUGUUGCCAACUGAUUAUGAAGACAUAUUGAAACUGUCGAAAAAUAGAAUACAAUGGACAACGAAGAAGCAAGCAUACUCAAUUAUGAGCAAAGGGUUCUUAAUCAGGGAUGGCAAGAAGAGAAGCAUUUGGUUUUUUCUUGACAAAAAUGGGAAGAAAUGUCAUAUGCUAUCAGCAAGCGCGACUGCCACAUGGGACCUGUACUCGUACAAGCUGACUUUACCUGAAUCAAGAUUUGGAGAAGCCUUUCAGUGUAUUUUUCGGAUUCCUAAUAUUAUCAGCAAUAUCCAAUCCCAUCUAGUAUCACCUCAAACAACAUAUGCAUGUUACCUUGUCUACAAAUUACCAAAGGACCAAUCCGAAUUUCAGGCUCCAAUUCUAGUGGAGGAUCAAGGAGAUUUUAAUUCAAAUCGUCAUCGGUAUAUCUUUUUAGUAAGUCCUCAAACCCCAGUUAUUAGACCAAAGGCCGAUCAAAACACUCACAACCCACUCAAUAAGCCAAAAUUUAAAGGCCUUCCACAAGAAAGGAACGAUGGUUGGAUGGAAGUACAAAUUUGGGAAUUCCUAGCUGCUACUACCACUGAAACGAUUCCUGCUUGUCUUGCAUUGGGAACUCGUGGUGACAAGAUGCUUAGCGGGCUUAUUAUUGAAGGCGUUGAGUUUAGACCCAUAUAGAUUCCCUUUUUAACUGGACAAAAGUUAAUUGUUGAUGCACUUAUGUGUGGAUAUGGCACGGUUCGGCUCGUUGCGUAUCAAGACCACAUAUUUCACAUCCUCCUGUGAAAUAUGUGAAGGGAAUGUAAUCGGCUGAAACAGGAGUCCACGAAAUAGAGAUUGAAAUAUAUACUAAUCGAAAUAGAGUAUUUGUAUAAAGGCAUCAAAAUAGGAUCAAGUUAUUGGACAUCGAAAUAGAUAAAUGUUAUGGUCAUAUGAAGACAACGAAAUAGACUUAUGUCUAUUUCGAAGUUACUAGUUACUGAAGUUCAACCUUUAUCUAUUGCCUAUUUUGAUAGAAUCAAAAGACAAAGCCUAUUUCGAUAGGAUAUAAAGCACAACACCCAAGCCUAUUUCGAUGGAGAUUAUUUCAAGGCUAUUUCGAUGUAAUGAUUAUUUCGAUAAGAAGCAUAUGUAUUUCGUUGUAUCACGUUGUAA